UUUCGCGUUUCGUUGCACUCUCUCUUUCCGCCAACUUGCAAGUGGAAACCAUCUUGUAUCCAAGUCUCCCUGGCUCACCGCUGUUCUUUCGUGAAUAAGUCGGCCAGGAAACCUCAGCGAUGGCAUACCAGAAGGGUGCAGACUCGGGCAAGGCCCCCAUGGAGGAGACUCAGAUCCACCGCAUCAGGAUCACUCUCACCAGCCGCAACGUUAAGAGUCUGGAGAAAGUGUGUGCUGAUCUGAUCCGUGGUGCAAAGGAGAAGAACCUCCAGGUGAAGGGGCCUGUCCGCAUGCCCACCAAGGUCCUGCGCAUCACCACCCGUAAGACCCCCUGUGGUGAGGGCUCCAAGACCUGGGACCGCUACCAGAUGCGCAUCCACAAGCGCCUGAUCGAUCUGCACAGCCCCUCCGAGAUCGUCAAGCAGAUCACAUCCAUCAGCAUCGAGCCUGGUGUUGAGGUGGAGGUGACCAUCGCUGAUGCUUAGAGCAACACGGGAACCAGCAUCAACAUCUACAGCCAGUCUUGUCUAAUAAAACUGGUCUUGUAUGCUG